UAGUCUGAAAUCUAGUACCGAUCGUCAAUCACCGGUAUGAACAUAUAAGAACAGUGAGCUAUCCCAACAGGAAAUGCAGUCUUCAAUCUAUAGAGAGCCAUGGCGCAAAACGGAAGCACAAGCAACAUUCCCUUUCUCUUCGUCUGUUUUCUCUUUUUGUUCCAGUUGAGCCGCUUUUCGCAUUUCGUGGGAGCUGAAUCAUGGAUGAUCGACGGUCAGCAAGAGGUGAAUGAUUUAAAACUGAUGCCGACUCAAGAGGAGGCUGACAGCACACGUCUCCAACCCCGAAGCAUAGUUCAUGGUUCCAUAAUCCCGCUCGCGAUUAAAGUCAAAGACCUCGCCAAACUAGACCUGGAGGCGGGCAGGUACGUGGAGAUCCGCAUGGAGGAUCCCCGCGGCCUCAUCCUCCGGGGAACCACUCACAGCGACGACCACAGCAUCCGCAUCCGCCGCGGCCAAGUCUUCGUCAACGACGAGCUCCUCUGCAAUGACAUCACCAAGGUGGAUCCGUCACCCUCCUACCAGCGAUCAAUGGACGGGUCCUCCUGGUUUACGAACCUCGACAUGGGUCACGCCAUGACUCCAAAAGAGAUGGAGAGCUUUGAAACCGAAUGGGAUCAGUACAAGGAUAAGCAGGGCGGAAAAGUCACAGCGGAGGAUGCAGAAAAGAGGCGAAAGGGGCGCAUUAAAGAGAUAUUUGAGAGAGGUGAGGAAUGGAGAGAGAAAAAGAGGAAAGCAGAGGGACGACUAGUCGAUGGAAUCCUCCGAUGGAAGAAACAACGCGGGACACCGGAGAAUAAGCCAACACCGGGAGGUGAAAAAGAGGAACCUACGAAGAAUAGGAUCGUGGUGUGGCCAUGGAGGUUGGGACAAGCUGGAGAUCAUAAAAAAACACCACAGGAUGGGCAACAAGAAAGACAGACAUUACCCGAGGAUAAAGAUGAGGAGCAUCAAGGUGAAAUUCAAAAGAAGGACACGGAAAUAGUGCGGAAGGAAGGAGAAGAAAAGGAAGGGGCACCAAAUGAGAUUCUGCAAAAAAAGGAAAGCAGCGUGCAACUAGAAAAACAAGAGGCACCGGAGGGUGAAAAAAAGAACUCACAAGGGGAGGGCAGCGUGUGGCCAUGGUCAUGGGGAGGCGUCGGAGAAAAGUGGAAGACGGGAUUGCGAAAUUUGAUCGGUACAGCAAGCGAGAAACUAGAAAAGAAAUUACAACCACGGAAAGAAGGUGAGGAAUCGCAGGGGGCACCGAGUGAGAACGAAGGAGAACCAGCAACAAAAAAUGGAGACAAGGCACUAGAGAAGCCGAAAAGUUUGCAACUGGAUAAUCAGCCGUCACUGAAAAAUGAAGACAACAGAGUCAGUAUUGACACAACCAGAGAUUCAAAAGACGGAGUUGCGUCUGAGGUAGAUGACCAAGGGAAUCCAGCGACGCUUGGCAAACUCAAAGUGAGUGGCAACGGCAUCCUGAUCGCCGACUACGGCGGUGUCCAAGUUCAGGCUUACAACCCUCAACAAGUCAUAGUGGUUGAAUUCGAAGACCCCCGAGUCGCGGUCAACGAUAGGGUCGUUUGCGAGAACCUCGAUACACUGCCUGAGAAGGCCACGUACCAGAUGGCUGAGGAUGGAGGGAAAUGGUACACCAAUCUCCAGAUCGGAAGGAAAAUGUCGGACUCGGAGAUCGCGCAGUUCUUGAAGGAGGAGGAGGAGAGGAAGGCGAUGGGGUUGACCAGGUGGCAAGAACAGGCGCAGAGGAAGCAAAAAGAAGAAGUCGAGGCUGCAGCCGAAAAAGAGAGAGCGAAGAAAAGGGAGGAGGAGGAGGCGAGGACUAAAGCUGAGAAGGAAAAGCUUCGGGCCGAAGAUGAGGGGAAGGCAGUAAAGUUGAGCAUAAAGCAAGAGCCGGUGCAAAAGAAAUGCCAAGAGGAGGUAGAGGCUGAGAAGGUGAGAGCGAAGAAGAUGGAGGAAGAAAAGGCUGAAAAGCUUCGAAAAGAGAAUGUGAAAAAAUUGGCGAAAAGGAUUGACAAGUAUCAAGAGCAGGUGCAGAAGAAGCGGAAGAAGGAGAAGGAGGUUGCAGCAGAGAAGGAAGAAAAGGCGAGGAUUCAAGCUGGAAGGGAAAAGCUGAAAAGAGAGAGAGAGGAGGUGAUACGGUCGUAUCGGGUCAAGAAAGAUGCUAUGAACGUGGCUCUCCUUCAAGCGCAGGCCGAGUGGAAAGGCAAGUCCAAAGGGAAAAAAGCACGAAAAUCGUAGGGAUCUGACAGAGAAAGCUGUUUCCGAAAAUUUGAGACUGGAUAGACCUCCGACGAUGGAGGCAAGCUGAAAGUGCGGUGGAAUAAUGCUUAAUGGAAUAAUGGUAAUCGACUAUAACUUUCCACUUCACGAUGUAAUACUCAAGAAUAUUGAUAGAUAGUGUUAUAAGAAUACAUGAAAUAUUCAAAGUUUGUCAAUACAAGUAUUAUAGAAAGCUAAA